GACUGUAAAUUUACAAAAUAUGUAUGUAUUUACAUAUUUAUGAAAGACCCACGCACUGUUAAAAAUGUACUGAAGUCACAUAUAUCUGUAUUUACACCCCGUUGAUAGGUACAUACAUAUGUACAUACAUACAUAGUUUGGCUUUGAUUGCGCGGUAUGUUUUCAUCACCACAACAGUGUAUUCCUAAUGCCCUACGGGAAUGCACGUUGUUACCGUGCUGGUGAAGUCAUACAUAUAUGUACUCCAUUUCGAUUCAAUGACAUUUUUUUAAGAGUGUAGACACUGAAAUUAAGUUGGUUGCUAAGUAAUUUUGAAUUUCAGAUAUGCAGGGACAGUUUUUAUCAUACGGAUAAAUAUAUUUCAUAUCGUUUAUAUAUUUUGUAAUGAAGUACAUAAAAUGGUAAAGUAUUCUCUUAAAUUAUUUUCAAUUCUAUAUUGUAGGAUUGACAGAUAUCUAGAUGCGUUUGCCAAACAUUUAUUUAUUUCCAGUUAUCAUAUAAAAAUAAAAUAUUGCGUAUUAACUUGAUCAGAUUUCGCAUUACAAACUUAGCAUUAUGUAACAAUGUGAAAUUUUAGAGGCAUGAAACUUUCGUGAUGAAACUUUUACAAGGCUUUAUAUUUACAUACAUACAUGCGUACACCAGUAAAACUUGUUUCUGCUCGCUGGAAUGAAUACAUUUCUAUUUUGCAACCAUUGCAAAUUGCAUUCCAGAAUUUUCCAUUCAUUUACAUACAUACGCAAGACAACGUUCUCUGAUAAGUGCAAUGUGCACAAUAUUUGCAUACGAAUCACAAACAUCCCAAUUUAGCUCAAUUUUGUGUGUUGAGGAUACAUACAUACGUAUUUAGAAGGGACUUAUAAUCAUACAUAUAUAUGGUUUAUCACCCAUGAGUGAAGUAAUGUAAGCGCACAAUAUAGGAAGGCAUAUAUGUACAUGCUUUGUGAUGGGUGUGAGAGUAGAUCUUUUACCUCCAGAUCACUUCAUUGGAUGAGCUUCACCAUGUGCAAGGUUCAUGCGAGUGCUUUAGCAUUGACAGAGUUGGCGAAUUUCUGCCAAGUCAUUCCAGGUAUUUUUAUUUACCUAUAGCUUGGGUGGUGGUGGUAUUGCGCGAAAAAAUAUCGGGAACCGUUUAAUGUUCUUUGUGUUCGUACUCGACGUGAACAUAAUGUAAAAUUUUACCCGUCAGACAAUAUAAACUGUUCCUUUCUUCGCAAAAAUACUGCAAAUUAUAAAAUAUUUCAGUACAUUUCUAUCCUGUGGAUCACGGUGUAGAUCAGAGUGGAUAAAAGUUCAUCACAGGUUUUUGUAGCUUGAUUUCAUAUGUAUGUAAAAAAAAUUGGCUGACGGAAACUAAGUAAUAGCGAAUUUAGUACAUACAUAUGUACUAAAUUUAUUUGUUAAUAAAUUUUUUACGACAAAGUAAUUGGUAGUGGAAUUAACCGAUUUAAAAAAAAUGAUAAAACUAAAAACCUUGGAAUUUUACGGGAUAAGAAGCUUCAGCAGUCUUGGGGAUGAUAAUAAAUUAAUGCAUAAAAUUAAUUUCCACGAUAAUUUAACCAUAUUGCAAGGACAUAAUGGAAGCGGUAAAACCACUCUCAUUGAAGUUAUUGGGUUCGCACUGACAGGAAAUGUUCCUUUUAGUCCCGGGAAAGAACACAUGAAGUCAUUCUUAUCUACAAACCAAGAAGACAGCCAGUCUGACUCUCCUUCCGCAUAUAUUCUACUGAGAUUGGAGAAAGGUGACAAUCCGUUUGACAUUGAAUGGAAACUUUACAGCAACGGAAAGAAAAGUCAAAGACAAUCAAACUGCAUUCUACGAUGGCGCCAGGGGAUGUCGGAGUGUUUAAAUGCAGAUACAGCAAGGAAACGUAUUUCAAAAAUUCUGGAAAUAUCACCGUCAGUAAUACAAAAUUUGCUACUCGUGCGACAAGAAGAAACACUUUGGCCAUUUGAGCUUACAGGAAAUGAACUCAAGAGUCGAUUUGACGAGUUGUUCAAUUUUGGAGAAAGAAAUGAUAACUUGAAGGAUUUAGUAGAGCGCAGAGAAAGUUUACGCAAAAAAUUGGCAGAGCUUGAGGACUCAAUUGGGCCAGCAAAAGCAUUAGAUUGGAAGCAUGCAAAACUAACAACGGAAAGGGAGAAAGCUCACUGAGGAGCACAUUACAUAAGUAUGAAAAAGUGGAUUCGUGGGAGAAGGCAUACCUGAAAAUUUUUAAUGAAGAGGCUAAACCCAUCGGUCUUGCCAUGGACGAUACUUGCAAUUAUGAAGAAGCUAAAAUGACCACAGCAGAAGAUAAUUUGUCAGAUCAGUUGAAAAUUUGUGAGGAGUCAAAGAAACAAGCUCAAACUGAAAUAGACACACUUACCACCAGCUCUAAAGCACAAACUUAUGAAUUACAAAACGCUUCCAAUUUUUUGGGAAAGGUUCAAGGUAGUAUAAUUGCGAGAACCGAAAUACCGAGCAUUUUAGAAAGUACUGGGUCUACUUCAAAAGAUCAUCUGGAGGCCAAAGUUAGGCAACUGGAACAAGAUUUACUAAAACUGGACACUCAAAAAUCCGGCCUGGAAACGAAAUUGGUUGAGCUGAGGACCAACCUUAGCGUUGUAAAUAAAAACAUUGAGGACAAUUCAGCCCAACAACGAGAGAGUACAAUAAAAUCGAAAAAUUUGCAAGCCAAUUUUGAAAGCGAAGUGAAAAACGAGAAGAAAUGGAACUGGAUUGAUGAUUUUCGAAAUGCCAAAUCCGCAGAAAUUUUGGAAAACAAACUAAAAAUAACACAGCUGGGUCUGUCAGAAUCAACAAUUAUACAUGAAUUUGAAAUCAAGAAACAAGAGGUCUUUAUGAUUGAGAGAAUUAUUGGAAAUCUAAACGGGAAAUACGAACUGGCCCAACAAACAUUGAACUAUCGAGAUGAACUUGCUCUGAGUGAUAAAACUCGAGCUCACAUGGAAUGCCUUACGCAGUCUCUUGAAAAGGAGAUUAGCGAGAACCUUAUAAAAUUGAAACAAAAAACACAAAAACUUCGGUCGCUGGAGGAAAUAUUUUAUUGUCAAUUACGAUUAGAAAAGUUAACGUCAUUGGUGGAAUACUUUCAAAUUUUGGAAGAGAAUCAGGAACCUAGUCCUAAAAAGGCGAAAAUUAUCUUUCAAUCAAAGUCAUACGAAAUUCGAAAACAAAUGGAGAACGAAACUAAGUAUUUGAGUCAACUUCAAGCAGAAACUCCAGGAUUUCAAGAACGAUUGCAGGAUUUGCAAAGUCAAAUUAAAACUGUGAAGGAAGAAUUUAAACCAGUCUCUGAAGAACUCGAAUACAAAUCUGCAGAAGUUGCUGGCUUGAAAAAUAAUUUGUUAAAACUAGAUACACUCACGCAGACAUUUGACAAGGAAUUGUCAAAUAUUGCUGACACGGAUGCGCAGGCAAGGGUUGUUGCGUGUAAAAAAAAUUAUGAUGAAAUUGUGGAAGAAUUGAAAGUUGCGCAAAAUAAGGUUGUUAAACAAGAAGCAUUAAUUGCAAAAACUCAGGAGAAUUUGCAACUUUUGCGGCAGAGGCACAAGGUCGUCAGAAAGCUUAAACAAGAAAAGGAGAGCUUAAUUUGCAAGAAAAAGCUUCUAUUAACGGAAAACCUAUUUCAAAAAUUUGGAGUACCUGAACAUCUAAAAGUGGAAAUAAGCCGAAUAGAAAAUGAAAUCGCUAUUAAGGACACUUUACAUACACAAGCGACCGCAAAUUUGGCAGUUUUUACCACAAAAUUGCGAGGCAUUGAUGAUCAUCUUGAAGGCGAAGUCAUGGGGAAAAGUUUCUGGCCUCGUUAAUUGUUCGGUUUGCAUUAGUACAACACCGUAUCCCAGGGUUUCCGGUGUUUGGUUUUGACGCCCCUGAGGGAUUCUUGGACUCGGAUGUAACUAAAAGUUUAAUCGACAGAUUUUCCGAACUUAUUGGUAAGAAUCAAGUAAUUCUGACAACUACUUGUUCCGAGUUUGC